GAAGUGCCUGUGUUUUUCCUUACUUGGAGAGGGAUUUGAGGACUGUUCAGACUGAUGACAUCACUGAUGCUCUCCAUACGAGGCAACCAUUCCAAUUCUUGUGGUUCAGAAUACAGUGCAUGGACUGCAUUUGAAGCCAGAGGCAGGUGAACAAGUGAAGAGUGAAUUCACACUUUAAAGAGCAGCGAAGACCAUCUUGCCAUGAAACCAUUCACAGAUGAAGAUGUAGAAAUCUACAUCCAGAGCAAGGUGGAAAGGCGGCAUUACCUAGUUUCCAAAGCAGUGGAGGAGGUGCAGAAAAUCAUCCAGCAGCUGACCGCAGAAAUCAGCUACAAGGCUGUGCGAUUCCAGGCUAUCUCCAACUCUGGCAUUCACAAUGAGAACAUUAAGGAUCAGCCAGCUUUACUGGCCAAGUGGUCAGCUAUGCUUCGGAGGAAGCGCCCAUUCCACCCAUCCAUCCAGGUCUUAGCACCCAGCCAGUUCCUCAUCACAGUUCCUCUGCGUGGCCUGACCGGUUACAGGGAAUGCCAGGUACGGCACUGGCGCUAUUACACCGUGCAUGGAGCCAAGCUCCUCUCCUCCGUGCGGGACCCUGAGGAACUGCAUCAGUGGCUGGAGGUGGAGCAGUUCUCAAAAAGCCUCCAGCAGUGGCAUGAAGAGGAUGUGAACAUUGAAGGUGAUCUGGUUCCAGCCAAAGUCCUUAUCGUCUUCCGGGAGCUGGUGGAGAAGUCGAUUGUCUCCUGUAACCUCUCCAGUAAAGUGACAGUGCUGGAGAGCUUCAGCUCAGUGGUCCGGGUGGCUGUGGAGACAUCAGAAUCCCAAGUUGAGGUGGAGCUGGUCCCUGCUGUGGAGAUUCCAACGUGCUGGCCCGAGAAAGCCCGGUGGCCUCGUUGCCUUAAGCGUUGGCCUUCUCAGGAAAAAGUGCAAUGCAUCAAGUCGCUGGGUUUCGACCUCCUAGCUCGCUCUAAUUAUCACUGGCAGCUGUGCUUCUCCCGUGCUGAGCACAUCCUCAUGGAGGGACUGGAUGAAGAUGGUGGCUGUCGCAGAAAGUGCUUCAGGGUCAUGAGGCAGAUGAAGGAAGAUGUCUGGUGUGCUGGGAAUAAGCCUGUCAUCACAGCUUAUCACCUUCAGACAGUGCUAUUCUGGACGUGUGAAAAAUACCCACGCACCAAGGAUUGGCGCUGCUUCCCUGAAGCCUUUCUGAGGCUGGUACAGAAGCUGCACAAGUGUGUAAGCCAGCACUUCCUCAAGCAUUACUUUCUCAAGAACACCAAUCUGCUCAAAUAUGCCAACACCAGUGACCUGGACCUGGUGGCCAGCAAGCUGGCAGUCUUCUUGGAGAAUCCUGUUUUCUGCCUGGACUAAAGCAGGCAAAGGUCAUGCCCCAAGCCCGAGUGGAUCCCCCAGCUCCUCUCCCCACCUGUGGUUGCUCCCUGUGUCCUUCCAGUAGAUGCUGCAGCUGGCUCUGUGAGACAGUUGGCACAUGCAGCGCUAAAGAGAAGUGUUGAGCUGGCAGCGGUGGGCGGUGAAAACUGAUGGGAGGUAUCACUUGAUGCCCAGCUGAUCUAAUUUGCUUUCAACAGUGACAGCCUGCCUGGAAGCUACAGCCAGUGAAGCCCAACUUUGUAUGUCAGUCAGAGCAGGCAACUGCCUUGUUCUGUGUCUCCAGUCUUGUGGCACCUAAGCUGAAAGGCAGUGCAAAGGAGUCUCGCUCUGCUGCCUCUGUAACCUAGCACAUGUAUUGUUGCUGCACUCACCUUUCUCACAAGGACAGCGGGUUUAAUUGGCUGCUUACCUCACAGGCCAGCUCUGCAGAGGGCAGAGGAACAUUUCCGAGGUGUUCUGGAAGCCGGAAGCUUUCUCAGAGGGAAUUCACUUCAGUGAGAUCCUGCUCCAGUAGGAAUCCAGUAGGAAUUUAGCCAUGCUGCUAGUGUUGAAGAGCUCAGGGAAGCAAGAAGAGGGACAGUGGGUUUUGCCUCUUCAUUUUUCUCUCCUCCACUUACAUUUUUCUUCCAAUUGCUUCAAAUAUGUCUUUUUCAUGUUUGCCUUUGCCAGUUGUGUUAGUGCCAUACAAUCAGGGGGCUUUGGCAGGGCAGAUUUCACUCCCAUCCCUGGCUCUACCCAGCAGGCUGGACGAGGAGCAGGUCUUAACACCCACGUAUUUUUGGGUGCAGUGCAGAAGGAGAGUAUUUUUCAAAGGCUCUUACCUCCAAGACUCCCAGUGCUUUUAAUUUUGUGGAUAUUUCAAAAGAAAAUGGAUUUUAGUAUUUCAAAAGAUCAGAGCUUUAGAAAUAAUAUAAAGAGUUCUGGGUUUAAUGUUAUUAAAUAGCUGAAACUAAACCAAGAUAAGGGGGGAUUUUGGGUUUGGUUUGGUGGGGUUUUUUGGUCACAUCUGUGCAGGAAAGUAAACAAGCCCUUUGCCAAGGCGGCUGGCAGAGGUGGGAUUUGCAUCCCACGAUCCAGGGAACUGCAUGAGGCACAUCCGCGGCGCGGCAUCUCCCCAUCGUGGCAGACUGCGGUACAGCCAGGGGUCUCCAGCACAGCCUCUGCCUCUGGAGCAGGCUGUCUUCUACAGUCUUCUGAGCAGAGCAGAUAUGGGUCAGGAAGGAUCCCAGCUGUGUGGUCCUGGUCUGGUUGUGGUCCUGUGUCUCCUGCAUCAGAUCUCACCAUGUAUAGACCUGAUCCCACCAUGUAAACUGGCACCCAUGUUGCUCCGACCCUCAGAACACCCUCCAAGCCACCUUUCCACAUGGGUAACUGCAUUGUGUGGGACUGUUUUGAACAGUUAACUUCUCUUGCUAAACCUUUGUUCUCCAGGCCCCCUAAAUGGGACACAAGCGUCAGUUUCAUGAUGACACCUCCUGUUCAAGUGUGGCUUUCCUGUUUCCUGUGAGCUGAGCUCUUCCAGUAACACGCAAGGAGAUGCCAAUCUGCCAGGCAGAGUCAGACAGCUGUGGCAAUGAAGUAAUGUCUCCUGUUUCAUCUUGUUUUUGUCUUGUGGUUGAAGGGCUGGCUUCAGAAGUUAGAGGAGGGCAAAACUAAUUCAAACUGUUUUGAGGACAGUGCAAAACAUUCAGAGCUGUUAAUCCCAAAUUUAAUAUUUUACUGCUCUGAUGUAUGGUUCUCGUGGGAUUUAAUUGUGACUGUUGAAGAAUUUAUCUCCCUUUAUAGCUGUGUGAAAAAAAAAUGUUUCAGUGGUGAUACCUUAACUUGGAUGCAGCUGUGUAUGAGAGUCCUCAGCUGCUGGGGUUCACAGCCUGCUGUGAAGCAAAACCACGGGCAUGCACCGUGUGCUGCACAUGGAAUGUUCCACUGCUCUGCCAGAGCAGCAGCCUCUUACAGCCAGCAAUGACUCAGCAAAGCCAGGAAAUAACCACAGAACGAUGGACCCCUGCUUUGAGCCCAGUCUGAUCAGUUUUUGCUCUGUUUUCUUCUUGUUUACACAAGCAAAUGCAUCAGCUAGCAUAUGCUGCUGCAGGAAGUAUCCUUGUCACCACUGAAACAUGGAAGGUACAUUACUACUGACCACAAAGACACAGCAACUGCAGCUUUUUCUCCAGAACAGCAAGAUGUGAUACAGCUGGCCACUGGCAAAAGGAAAUGGCUUUGAGGAAAGGACUAAUGUGUUCAUGGAAGCAGUUGAAUACAAGAAUUAAUUCCUUUCAGAGACAUCUUUGAGAUACAAUCUUACAUCAUCUCAUGCAGGUCUGCUUAGGUGUGUGGGCUUUUGUUGUGAGGCAGUUUUUGUGGCUGUGGGAGAGUUGUGCAGGAGGUCUCUUGUUUAAAAAACCAAACUUGCCAAAUAUAUUUGUCACUUUUCUUACCACAGUAAACUUUCUGCAAGUAGCUUUUCACUCAUACACCAAGCCUGACUGCAAAUCAUGGCCUCAUCCCAAGAUUUUCCUCCAAAAAGAGAUACCACAUUGUGUUUUGGCUACAGAAUAAGUUUUAUGUUUUUCAUAUUUAUAACUUUUAUUUUUAAAAAGUGAGCAUCUGGACAAAUACAGACUUUCUUGAAGUAAGUUUAAUCAAAAGUUUUUUGUUCAGAAUGUCUGGAAGGAAUGUGAUGACCAUUUUCUCUCCCUCUCUUUCUCAUUGCUUUAAUGAGUAUUUGCUGUAUUCUCAGCCCUCACCACAGUCAGCAUUGCUCCAUCUGUCAGAAAUUUCAAUUGAAUGUGUUGCUCUGACAUAUAAAACUGUACAAAACUCGUGAUGUUUUGUCUUUUUACACAGCCUGCCUUUUAGUCACUAGAGGGCAAUGUCUCUCUGAAGCACAAACACCGAUGCAGGAUCUGGCUCUUAAAAUCAGCAUCUUGUUAUUAUCAUCGAGCAGAGACAAAUGAGCUUGAUUGAUUUAAUGCUGAAUUAUCUUGCCAAAAAGGAGAGGAGAGACCAUGGGAGAGCUUUCUAAUAAAUAGCAAGAUUUGGGUAAAAAGUCUCUAAAUUCUGGAAGCCACUCUAAGAGCCAGAAUAUGGAUUUAUUGUUUCUGAUGGUCUUGCAGUAAUUCCCAAGAGCCUUCGAUUGGGAAAGCACCAACAAGCAAAGUGCAGGCAGGGUUCUGGGAAGGAGGGAACUUGCAGGAAUAGCCACUACCCUGGUCCAUUAGGGUCCUGCCCUCUCUCCAUGGGGCUAGGCCAUGACUCCCAUGUGUGCCUACCCCUUAGGCUCCUCUACCUCCCUCUUGUUUUCUCCCUCCUCCAGAAAAAGAAAAAAAAAUUCUCGGAACAAGUUUUCUGAUACCACCCCUUUGGCUCUGGUGGGAAUGGCUGUUUUUCAGUGCACAUCAAAGCUCUUUUAGUUCAUGGGACCCAGGUGUACACAGAGGCCAUUACAGACCAUCUACUCAGCCUCACUUACACUCCAUCUUUAGUUUGAAAUGGUGCCCAGCAAUGAAGUUAGAUCACCCUGCAAACUGUGUUCCCAGUGGGAGCCACCUGGCCUCUCUGAGCAAAGCUGGGACAUGGACAAUGAUAGACAGGAUAAUUCUGCCUUCACACUAAAUAUUUUUCUGCUUACCAAUGCUGGGAUUUCUGGUUUUGAGGAGAAACAUAUUUUUUAUUAUUAUACCGCACCCCCAACACUCAUCUUGCAAUGUCACGUGAGCCAGUGACACAGCAGCCAGUGCUCGAAUCAUGGUAAGAGAUCCCACUCACCCUAUCAGGCCAACCUGUGCCAUUACUGUAGAAGGCUGUGGUGCCCUUGACCUCCUUGGCAUCUGACUUGUCUGGCUGGAAUAAUAUGUACAAUUUCAAAGGAAAUUAAACAGCUCCAGGAAGCAAAUGUGUUUUAGUCUGUUCUGACCCAAACCACUGCAGCACAGAGAAAGGGACCAUGCUUUCAUCCAUUGUACCUGUUACAGGGACUUGUCAGUUCUGCUUCAAGCAACAUCUUUGAACUGAAAGAAAGGACAGGAUCAGCACCUGGCUUUGAAAGCAUCUCCUGGAUGGGUGAUGAACAAUGCACAGAUACCACCAGCGACCAAGCUUAUGGAGAGUACAGAAUGCAUUUUUCACAGGAAAGAUUGUCUAAUUUACCAUUAGCAUCUUCACAAAUACAAAUUACAAGGAAAUGCAUUAAGGAAAGAAUUAAUCAAAUUGAAAGGCUUUGUAGUAAUUAGAAAAAAAAAAAAUGGCAUCUUCCUAGGCUCCCCUGGGUAGUGGUAAUUACCAGCUGCACAACUGUGGCUUAUGCCACUUAAAGAUUUCUGGACUAAAAAUCUUAAUAUGUUUUUGUUUCCAUUCUUAAAAAAGCCACUCUUGGAAUCAGGCAGCAACACAAGCCAGCAGCUCCGAGAAGCAUGAACAGAGCCUGCUUCAGCCUGGGAGGGCACAGCUUUAUGGGCAGGGUGGUCCAGAGCCUGAUCCCAAACCAUGGCUCAGUUGCAUCUGGCCCAGCACAUUUUUCCUGCUGCCUUUGAGAAGAUGGGCACCAUUUGUUAUCCAGCAACUUGAACAGCCAAACCUUUUCUGCCUCAACUGCAGGCAUCUUUACACCCAUCUGCUUCUGCAGCACAUCCCAGCAGCAGAGGGCAGGCCAUAGCCCCUUCUGGUGACAGUAUUGUCACCAACGCAGCUGUGGACCUGAAGGGCAAGCUGCAUGCACUGCAACUCCAGGAGGCUACCUAAUGCAUUCCAGGAAAAAAGUUUGGUUAAUUCAGGAGAGCUGAAAGAAAGUCCAGUUUCAAGCCAGUAGUGAACCAAGACAAAAAUGCAGCUCAGAGGAGACUUUAAAAAUCCAUGGUAAAAAUUACUAAGGAAAUGAAUAUCACUGUUGAAUUCCUGGGAUUCCAUUUUAAAAGGGUGAGGAUUUGGAAGAAUGUCAUCAGCCACCAAAUCCAUCUGCUGCUCCUCCUGGUCCUUUCCCCCAGAUUAACCAAGAGCAGUUGUUUCAAAGGUAGGUAGAUACUUGGCCCCUGGCUCCUGAGGCAGGCAGAUUAUUUCAGACCCACACAGAUCAUUAGGAGCUUUCUUUGAACUUUCAGCCUCGAUGUGUUCACAGCCAGUGCAGUCUGGUUUGUACCAGUACAGAUCAAGCUGCUACUCACCCUCCAAGGGGUUUGCUGUCUGUGCAACCAUCACAAGGGUAAUCAUAAGCUCCCUUGCCUUCAGCUGAGCAUGACUAGAUGUGCCAGACUCUGUGGUCUCUUUCUCUCUGAUAAAACCUCUGUUCCAGUCUUGCUCUACACUGAGUGUAAUUCAUCUCUGCACAGAUAACCAGGCUGGUUUGCAGCCUUCCAGAUGGAAUCUUAUCAGUAUCUCCUGUAAUGGCAUGUCACAUUGAUAAUACUAAUCCAUGCAGUAUAACCCCUGUGCUGAAGAGGAAAGAACACACAGAUGUCAAGUUAAACAUCUUAAAAAAACAACUGCAACUUCAAAGGAAGAGUGACUAUCAUCAAUGAUUUCCUUGGCAAACCAGGUUGGGCUGGUUGAAAGGCUUGCCAUGGUCUGGUUGUCCUGGAAGUGAACCAUGUUCUUGAGGCCGUGGGCCAACAGCUUCAUCAUCUCCAUAAGGCCUGAGCUCAGGCCAGAAUCAAUGAGUCUGCUCCAGCCUGCUCCUCUCUGCCUUCCUCAGGCAACAACCAGCUCUGGCCUGUAGUUCUCCCACACUUUGUCCCCUUGAGUUAGUGGUAGACACCAUUCCUCCUUUUACCACUAAGCUGAAGAGUUUGGCUGUUUUCUAGCUGUGUCAUUAAAAUGCCAUAGACUGGAGAGGUAACAAAUCAGUGACCAGAGUUAAUAGCAGCAAAAAGGAUUAAAUGAACAAUGGAUCUUGAGCGUAAUUUAUGAAUGCCAUUAGCCACUGAGAGGGAAUUAUGUUUUGGCUGCAGUUCUGAGGGGGAAGGGUGGGUCUUAUCUAGGCAGGAAAAAAAAAAAAGUGUCUGAUUGCAUUUGGAUUAACAAACAACUAUAUUGAUUUGCCAUGUGAUACAUCUUGGGCUUUUAUGUUCGGAUCAGAUAUAAUAACAUCUGACCAAAGACAAACUGUAUUUCUCUAUCUUGUAUUCAGACCCUCAUGGCCAGUCAACAUUGUGGUCACAUCUCACAGCUGCCAGUCACAGAGCAUCUGCCGCCCUGCCUGAUAGAGCACGGUUCUCCAUCAAAACUCUUGCAGAAGGGCAGGUCUUCUCCUCUUACAGAAGAGACACAAUAGUUGCAUGAGGGUUUCCUUGUAGCCCAUGCCCAGCAUCCUGGUGAUGGGACUGAGCAAGCAAUGCCUUUGUCUGCAGUGUCUCUUCUGCCUUUCCUUUGAGAACUGACGCAGUAUCUCAUUAAACCACUUAGCCUGGCAGCUGGGGCUAUUUGUUAGAGUGUGAUAUGAAGGAUCAUAAUCAGAUUAAACCUCAGGAUCAUAUUGCAGAGACAGAGAUUAGACUGGAGAAUGAAGAGGAAGUUUAAUUUUGUGUGACAGUGCAGAGUUGCCUCUGCUUGAGGUGGUAAGGAGGGUUAAAAGUGAUUGUGGGGGCUCCAGCUGAGGCUAUUUUUUUUGUCUGUGUCCCUGCUCAGUUUUGAGCAGAAAGGUUUUAGCACACACUUUGAACCAGGGAGUAGCUCUGCAGCCACCAGCCCCUCACUGCUUCUCUUUCCCAAAUGAGGGCCUGAAGAGGGGGCUUGCAUGGGAAAGGAAAGCUCAGCAGGUGUAAAUGAUGCCAGGAGCCAAAGCUGCACAUGCACUGAAGUGUGGUACUUCUGGGAAGGGGUUGCCCUGGGCAAUAGCCACUUAAUUAUCAUUAUCUCUGUGCUGGAGGCCCAGGUCCUUGACUUGAACUGCUGUUCCCUGGGUCCUUCCUGUUCCAGUGCAUUUAGCACAGCGUCCAAUGAGUCCUCCAGCAAUGUGGGGACAAGAGGCGCCCUCCAAAAGUCAGCAGAAGCCCCACAGUGAGAAUAUACAUCUAGGAGGUCUUCUUGUGAUCACCUCUGUGCUGGUUUGGCUAGUAUUAGAAGUAGCAGUAAGAGAAAAGUUGGCAUGUUGAGAAAGGCAGCAUACAGAUGGGUUUCUGACAUCUGUGCCACCAGAGAGAAAUGACCACAGGUCAGAGCAGCUCAGUCUCUGUUGUGAGCCCAUUUUACAGACAAGUCUCAGGAAAGACCCCAGCUACCACCAGCUUCAGAAUCAAACUCAGACCUCUGCAGCUCUCUCCAUGGACAUUAUCUACUCACAUGAUCACAUGCACAUCCCAUCAUGAACAGUGAAAACAGUGGGAACAUACAAAUACACUCCUUUUUAAAUAUGGUGGCUAGGCCUAGUCCUAUCCCAAAUGAAGUAAACAGAUGUCAAAAAAGAGGAGAUAAAAAUGGGUGUAUAAAUUUUUUACAACUGUACCUAAGACCAUUGUAAGUUCUGUUCCUGCACUCCCUCUGUUACGUGUUCUGGAGAUAUACUUAAUGAAUAAUAUAUUCUCUCACUGGCUUGA